AUGCAUAUCGAGUCGAUUCCCAUGUGGACCGGUACCGGUAACAAUUAUGCAUAUCUCAUCUCAGACGAUGCGACCAAGGAUGCUAUGGUGGUAGAUCCGGCACAUCCACCAGAGGUGAUUCCGGUACUUACAUCCCACGCAGAAGACGGCAAGAUUAAUCUAAAGGCAAUCAUAAACACUCAUCACCACCAUGAUCACGCAGGUGGGAAUGAAGGGAUUCUCACACAAUUUGGCAAACUGUCGGUGAUUGGCGGUAAAGACUGUGCCCAUGUCACCCAAACUCCCGGGCACAAAGAGAAGUUCAAGAUUGGGGAGCGGAUCACUGUUACCGCUUUGCAUACCCCUUGUCAUACCCAAGACAGCAUCUGCUAUUUCGCAGAGGACGGGGAUGAGCGUGUCGUAUUCACCGGCGAUACGUUGUUUAUCGGGGGGUGCGGAAGAUUUUUUGAAGGCAAUGCAGCUGAAAUGCACAAGGCACUGAAUGAAGUGCUUGCUUCGCUCCCGGAUGAUACUAAAGUAUACCCUGGACAUGAAUAUACCAAGUCGAAUGUGAAAUUCUGCGCCACGGUCUCCCAGUCGGAUGCCGUAAAGAAGCUUGAAGAGUUUGCCAGUAACAACCAGCAAACCCAAGGGAAAUUCACUAUUGGUGAUGAGAAGCUCCAUAAUGUCUUUAUGCGUGUCACAGACCCUGAAAUUCAUAAGGCAGUAGGAGCCUCUGAACCGGUCGAGGUCAUGAACCGUUUGCGAGAGAUGAAGAACAGCAUGUAG